AUGAUUACUACAGUGCAAGAAAUCAGCAAAUGGAGAAACCUGUGCUUCAUUAGGAUGCAAUCUCGCAAAUGGUACCCAGUACUUAAAAAGACUCCUUUAGUAGCGGACGGUCGAAAGAUCAUUAAACAUGCCGAUAAAGUUCCUCAUCCGGAAGAAAUAAUUCACCCAUUUUACCAACCAACAGCAAUAGAACAAUUCACGGCAUGCGCUACGGAAUACAAUCCUAGCCUGCUUGAUGGCAAAAAAAUUGCUCCAUCACUGAUAAAACACCCGGUGAGCCUAAAAACCAUACUAGUUGAUAGCAAAUUAAAGUUUGAUGAUAUUAGGGGAGUGAAUAAAUGGUUGAUGGAAUUCGUUGCAAGACGACAACAUCAAAGAAAUAUUGUACUUACACCUGCGAGCAAAAGCGUUAGAUCUUUUCACGUUCUGCAUUUGUCUUCAACCGAUAUUGCCAAAUUAAGAGGUCUUGAAAAUAUAUUAUCAGAGAUUGAAAACACGAAUGAUUUGCAAUCCAGGGUCGAGUCCGUAAAUAAUGAACUACAGAAUAUUUUUGACCGCGACAGUAAACAGACAAGAUUAUUUUGCGAGAAUAUACUGGCUUAUUUGAUAAAGAAUUAUGGAAACUCGACUGAAAAACUUAUACUACUAAUAAAUGUUACUGAGAUGCAAUUAUAUUCACGUUUAGACCAAAUGAAGGCCAUGAACAUUAUUUUAUAUAAUAUCCUUUGUAAAGUGGAAGCAAAUGAAAACCCACCGUACAGUCCCACAUUGGUUACCGCACUAGAAAACCUAUUGGCAGCGAUCAACAACAGAUUUUUUCCAGGGCGUUGCGAAAAUUCAUUGCACCCAAUAGUAAUUGAACAACUAUUAUCAUAUUUCAUUAAAACCGGCAAUUUGAAUGAAAGCAAAAAUUUUUUGGGCCAUUUAAUAAAAAAGGGUAUUUUACCAGAGGCUACUAUCAUUAAUAGAUAUUUGGAGGCAAUUGAUGUUCAUUUCGAUAAAAGCACUAAGAUUUUUGAUAUAAGAUCCAAAUUUGCAUUCAUAGCAGAUCUUGCACCCAUAAUAGAAAAUUAUGGAACAAUAGACCUGUUCAAAUUUUUGAUACCUAUGUGCCGGCAUUUCGACGAAUUGUGUUCUCUGCUAAAUAUUAUUCGAAAAUCCAAUAACGCAAAACGGGCUGUGGAUAGCACCUUACCUAUUUUUAUCAAAAAAGUAUUAACAUUUACUAAAGAUCCAAUGAUCAACUCCGGAAAUCUAUCCACUGUUUUCAAUAUAGUGAGCCCAAUAUAUGGACAAAACGUGCCCAGCGAAUUCGUGGAGAAAUUUAUACUGUCUUUUGCACUUCAAGGAAAUUACACUAUGAUGGCUCAUAUGAUAGAUACAUAUAAGAUCAAACUAAGUCAUAAAUACCAACUACAAAUUAUUAGGGCUCUCAAAAAUAGUGAGAGAAAUCACGCGCUUAAGAAUACGGGCGCUGUAGGUUAUAAUAAGGAAUUUAAAAAGUACUUCAUCGAGAAAUAUUUGAAUUGCACUGAACGAGAAGCUUUACGCCCAUAA